AAUUAAUAUUUUUUGCGUUCAAUAAAAUAUAAUAGUAUAGAAUCUAUAGUAUAGAAAAUUUGAUUUAAAUUUUAAAGUUGAAUACAAUAUUUUAUUAUAAUCUAUUAUAAAUAAAAUUUCAUAAAACAAUGUCUAAAAUAAAGUUAAUUAUGCAAUUACCAUGGUUAGUUAUAAUAUUGGCAAUAGUAUCAAGUCAAUUUAACAAUCUUGUAAAAUGUGACAAUAAUAACACCAUCAAUAACUAUAAUUACAAUAAUCUCAACAACAAUAGCGGCAUUAAUGUCAACAACAAUAGCGGCAAUAAUGUUAACAACAAUAUCGGCAAUAAUCUCAUCAACAAUAGCGGCAAUAAUGUCAACAACAAUAGCGGCAAUAAUGUUAACAACAAUAUCGGCAAUAAUCUCAUCAACAAUAGCGGCAAUAAUGUCAACAAUAGCGGCAAUAAUGUCAACAACAAUAGCGGCAAUAAUGUCAACAACAAUAGCGGCAAUAAUGUCAACAACAAUAGCGGCAAUAAUGUCAACAACAAUAGCGGUAAUAAUGUCAACAACAAUAGCGGCAAUAAUGUCAACAACAAUAGCGGUAAUAACCUAAACAACAAUAGCGGUGAUAAUCUAAACAAAAACAAAUCUAUAUUUCCUGAUUUACCUCCAAUUCCAAUAUUAACAUCUAAGAUGACUGGACAGUGGUAUGCAAUUUACGGAUCAAAUCCUAAAGAGUAUAGACAUUUGGUUAUUGAAAACAUAAUCGGAAGUAAUCCACCGGAAUUAAUACUAAAAAUGAGUAGUGCACCAAGUUAUCAAAAUAUUACUGGAUAUACAGUAUUGGAUAACAAUGAGAAUAUAUUUGUUACCUAUGAUGACGGUAUGAGAGUCUACUACUAUAUACUUGAAUACGAUUCUGAACGCUAUUUUGCGAUGUAUGCAAUGCCAACCAAUAAAAGAGGUGGUCUAAUAAUCUAUUCCCGAUCCGAACAAACCGUACCCGAAAAUACUAGACUUAUGAACAAAAUUUACAGAUCAUUGGAUCGUUUGGGUUUUAAGAGUGAUUUAAAACAACUACCAAAACUACAACCAAAACUACAACCAAAACCAAAACCUAUUAUUAUAAGACAUGAAUGAAUUACGACACUACACUAUACUAUAGCAUUUAAUAGCACCAGUAGUUUGAAUUAUAUAUAAACAGUUAUUUAUAUUUAUAUAAUUAUAU